AUGAAGCCUAGCUUCGCUAUGCGCCUGGCUGCUCGUCGACUAAUCGCUCCGGGGGGUCAAUAUGUUAUCGGAGACAGUGUGUCAGGCCAUUAUCGACAGCCGCCACUCCCUAUCUCCUCGGCCUCAUCGGAGGACAUUAGCUCAGGCGAUUCCUAUAGUGCUGGAAUUGGCACCGGCGUAGAUGGCAAGGAGGAUGAUUGUCAGCAGGGUUUAGGUGCCCAUAGUGUUUUAAUCGCUUCCGAUUUGUUGGCCGGUCAAGGCGGACGGAAUUCUACGACGUUCCAAUUUCUGUCUUGUACAGGAGCCACGACCCAAGAGAUUCUGUCCAGUCGUGACGGCAGUCAUGAUAGCCAGAUCGACGCUUUCAACGCUUCACUACCAGUAGACUUUGCGCUGUUGUCAAUCGGUGGGAACGAUCUUGGCUUCUUUGACGUAAUGAAUGCAUGUGUGUUUCGCUUCUACAACUUCUACUCUGGUACCUGCGAGACAGCGCUUAAGAACACGCGAGAUCAAAUCGAGAGCGAUGAAUUCGAACACCGCCUGGAGAUCAUCAUCAUGGAAAUCCUCGACAAGGUCCGUUGGGAGAAGAAGCCCUCGUUCACAAUUACGGUCACGGGAUACGCCCGGUUCUUUAACGAUGUCACUGACGACUGUGACGAGAUGAGCUUUGGCGUCUGGUGGCGCGGACCGAAGCUGAGAAAGGAUCUGAGGAGUCAGAUGAAUACAAUGGUACUCACGGUCAACGCCAAGAUCCACAAGACCAUCAACACGAUAAACUCGCGGUUUACCAAGGAUAAGGUCAUCUUUAUUGAUUAUGACAAGGGGUUUGAUGGUCAUCGGUUCUGCGAGGAGGGUGUGAAAGAGCCUGAUUACGACCGUAAAGAUACGUGGUUUUUCCUCGUAGGCGGCCCGGAUAACGCCAGAAAUGGGACCCGAUCAAAUCAUAUUUCUGACCUUCAGACAUUGCCCCCAACAUCGGCUCUGGUUGACCCAUUAUCAUGUCUUGAGCCCGCGCAAGCAUCUGGGGAUUGGGGCCGAUUGGCUUUGUGUUAUAUGGCUAUGGCGAAGCAUCGAAACCCAAACUUGCAGCUUGCCCGCGGAGACUUGGUUGCUGAGAACUCGAUGUGGUACGUCCCAACAUAUUACGGCAAGACGUUCCAUCCUAGGUCUCUUGGCCACGAGGCCAUGAGAAAUAAAAUUUAUGAGGUAUGGCAAACACUAGAAUAG